AUGUCUGGUUCAGAAAAAACCGAGUCCAGGGAAGAGUCCGCUGGUGCCAGUCAACCCUCUGAGGUCGUGGCUAAGGGCAAUGCUGGUAGCAAUUCCGGUAAACCAGUUACCGCAGUGUCUUCAGCUGAUACGAAGCCACCCAAGACUACUGGCAUGAGACUGGAAGACCUGUUCAAGCUGCUGUCAAUGCCAGAUCCAAAGGCCGAACCAAAGCCAAUGGACGAGUAUAAGUUUUGGAAAACACAACCAGUAACUAAAUUUGAUGAUGCAAUUGAUGCCGAGGGGCCAAUUGACUCGAAAACCGUUGACGACGUUUCUAAGGAACCGUCGCCACUGCCAGCUGGCUUCGAAUGGUCUACUAUUGACAUUUCCCAGCCUGAUAAAGUGCAAGAGAUCUAUGAUUUGCUAUAUGCCAACUACAUUGAAGAUGAUGACGAGACAUUUCGAUUCAAGUACUCACCAGCAUUCUUGGACUGGGGUCUUAAACCUCCCGGCUGGGUCAAGGACUGGAAUGUCGGGGUGAGAGUUAAGGAUACUGGCAAGCUUAUUGGAUUCAUUUCUGGUAUUCCUGGCACUUUACGUCUUAGAACUACUAAUCCAGAUAUUAAAGUUGCGGAAAUCAACUUCUUAUGUGUUCAUAAGAAACUCCGAUCGAAGAGACUUGCCCCAGUGCUGAUUCGUGAAGUCACUCGUAGAGUCAACCUUACAGGUGUUUGGCAGGCUCUAUACACAGCAGGAGCUCUUCUGCCAUCUCCAAUCACCACUGCUAGAUAUUACCACCGAUCGAUCAACUGGCCCAAGUUGCACGAUGUCGGGUUCACAGGUCUUCCAUCCAAUUCCACCCCUGCUAAACAGGUUGCCAAAUACGCUCUGCCUUCUAAACCGACUCUGGAAACCCUGCGUCCCAUGACUGUUGAAGAUGUGUCUGAAGUUCAUGAACUACUUGAUACGUUCCUCAACAGAUAUGAACUGGUCCCCAAGUUCACUGAACAAGAGACCGCACACUGGCUUCUCGACUCAGUACAUGCAUCCGAGCACGAUAAGGUUAUCUAUUCUUACGUUGUCACUGACAGUGAGAACAAAAUCACCGAUUUCGUGUCUUUCUAUGGACUCGAGUCCACUGUUCUUGGCAACUCGAAGUACGAUUCGAUCAACGUGGCCUAUCUAUUUUACUAUGCCACAACAGCAGGACUCGGCGAUAACAAGUCCAGUGACAACGAAUCAGUACUGAAAAGCAGACUGUUUGUCCUGAUCCAAAAUGCAUUAAUCCUCGCCAAAGCUAAGAACUUCGACGUAUUCAAUGCUCUGUCGGUGCAGGACAACGCUCUGUUCCUCGAAGACCUGAAAUUCGGUGCUGGUGACGGGUUCCUUAACUACUACCUCUUCAACUACAAGGCCUUCCCAAUCCAUGGUGGCAUCUCCAAACGCGAGAAGAGCCUAGAACGCAAGCCCGGUGGCAUUGGCGUGAUCAUGUUCUAG